GUAUGUGGGAGGAUCAGAGAGUUUAUAUACCGAGGAGGAGAGCUCGGGGACACAAUCACUCUGCAACCAUGACUCCCCUGUGGAUCAGCCUCCUGUGCCUGGCUUGUGCAGUUGCCCUUCCUCAUCUGGUCCAUGGUGGUCCAACCUUCCACGCCAACCUGAGAGAGUUUCCUCCAGGGAGACCCACUGAAGCCAACAUCGGCAAUAUCUGCAGGAAAACCCGAGCAAAAGUGACAUAUGGUGCCAAUAACCUUCCUCAGUCAGGGUUCUCUCACCUCGGCAGACAAGGGGACGCCAUUAACAGUGUAGAGACGGGAUACUCCAGGUGCUGCAGUCAGUCUGAUAAACUGAGCUGUGCAGUGAAUGUGUGGGAGAAUGCCUUGGACAAUUUCUGCAUGGAGGAGUCUACAAUAAUGACCCGUCAAAAUCAUUGCUGCAAGAAGACUGGUGAACAGAGGAAGACCUGCUUCAGUAAAGACUCCCCAAUCCCCAACUACAACGGCUAAUAGGUGCAAAGGACUCAGCAAAAGUAUAACGUAGAGUGAUAAGAACAAUUAGCAGCUAAGCCAACACCGUCACGUGUUCCCCCACACCAUGACUAUGUAUUGCUAAAUGAGUGCAGUCCUGCUGAACAGAGAAUACAAAGAAUAUGCAAUUUUCAAAUAACUAAAUAACCCAAUAAUAAAUUAUUAUUAUUAAAUAAA